UGCUGGUCUCACUGCCUGACGUCACCUCUCCACACACUUGAGGGUUUAUCUACAAUGGCGGCAGUUACAGACGUCCAAGUGGCUGGCGCAGUGGACCUGGGCGCCCUUCUCGACGCGGGGGACGGUGCCGUCGUCACCCUGGUGGCGGGCGAGACGCAGCUCGCGGCCCACCGCGCUGUCCUGGCCGCCAGGAGCCCCGUGUUCCAGGCAAUGUUCCAGCAUGACACGCUGGAGGCCAGCAGCGGAAGGGUCAGCAUUACAGACGUGGAGGCUGAAGUGCUGAGGCAGGUGCUGUCCUACAUCUACACCCUGCAGACCCCCCGGCUAUCCGGCACGGCACAACACCUGUUAGCUGCAGCCGACAAGUACGGCCUGUCAGCGCUGAAGGAUGUCUGUGAGCAGCAGGUGGCAGCUGAGCUGACCACUGAGAACGCAGCGGCCCCAGCUGUGCUGGCAGUGAGGCACUCGUGUCCGAAGCUCACAGCGGCCGCCACCGCCUUCAUAAAGGCCCACGGCUUCCAGGUGUUCUCAACGCAGGGCUGGGCUGACGCGAUGUGCAGCCACCCUCAAGAACUGAUCGAAGUGAGUCGGCUGCUCGCUGAUCCACCAGCGGAAGUCAGCACACCAGCGACUACAGAGGAGGGACCCACCACCAGUGCUCAGACACUGACCACAGCUCCACCAGUCACGUCGUCCCAGCACACCCCUCCACCUGAUGGCGCCGCUGUGUCUCGCUUACGGAGCCUUUCUCGUGACGAGAAAGGCAGCAGGCUUAUCCAGGCAGCUGAGGGCGGCGAAAUGGAAGAGCUGAGGGCUCUCCUAGCAGCGGGGGCAGACGUGGAGUCGAUGGACGGCGACAGGAGGACCGCCCUGCAACGGGCAGCGUUUAAGGGACGCGUGGAAGCGGUGAGGUGUCUACUGGAGAGUGGAGCAGAGGUAAAUACCCGGAAUAUCAGGCACAACACGCCUCUUCACUCAGCCGCAAGUGCUGGCCAUGCGGCUGUGGUGCAGGUGCUUAUGACAGCCUCUGCUGACGCCAACAUCAGAAAUCUAUGGGGAUAUACGCCGCUGCACUGGGCGGCACAAGAAGGUCACUUACAAGCGGCGACUGUGCUGCUGGAGUUUGGAGCCAACGUGAAGGCUAGGGACGAUGAGGGAAAUACACCCCGUCAGCUUGCCAGGAAAAACAACCAUCAGCAACUGGUACAGUUGCUAACAUGAAGCUUCCAGUUCUAUAGUACUACAGAUGUUGUUAUUGUUGUUGUUGUGGUCUUUAGUCCUGAGACUGGUUUGAUACAGCUCUCCAUGCUACUCUAUCCUGUGCAAGCUUCUUCAUCUCCCAGUACCUACCGCAACCUACAUACUUCUGAAUCUGCUUAGUGUAUUCAUCUCUUGGUCACCCUCUACGAUUUUUACCCUCCACGCUGCCCUCCAAUACUAAAUUGGUCGUCCCUUGAUGCCUCAGAAUAUGCCCUACCAGCCGAUCCCUUCUUCUAGUCAAGUUGUGCCACAAACUUCUCUUCUCCCCAAUCCUAUUCAAUACUUCCUGAUUAGUUAUGUGAUCUACCCAUCUAAUCUUCAGCAUUCUUCUGUAGCACCACAUUUCAAAAGCUUAUAUUAUCUUCUUGUCCAAACUAUUUAUUGUCCAUGUUUCACUUCCAUACAUGGGUAAACUGCAUACAAGUACAGAUAUGUAACAACAUAAGCUCCAUAUAUUAUUUUCUCUUUCUUUUAAAAUAAAGAAUAUAAAAAAUUA